CAGCGCCCGUCGCGCCAUGGGGGUUCUGUCAUCCGAGCUCGCGCCGCAACCAGUUCGCUUCGCAAAUCCCACCAGCUCUAUUUUUACCCGUCCCGCGAUUCGCACCGUAGGUCACGUGUCCCUCGCAGAUUCCGACUAAUUAAUAGAAUUUCAACUUGUUAACGAUCGAUCAGCCGGGAUUCUCGUGCCUUGCGUUCGAUAGCCUUUGGUAGACCGGUUGUCGCCAAUUUCGGUUUCCGGAUUUUGCGGAUAUUGUACUUGGUCCGUCUAGUGUGUGUUUUUUUUGUUUUGGUGCGGUGUUGUGGUUCCGCGUCUAAUUUUGGUGGAAUGCCUCACUCUUAAAAUGUGAUUGCCAAUUUAUCACCUCGCUACAUUCACCUUCCUGAAAUGAGUGCCAGUUUAUAGAUUUUUUCAUUGAUUUUUCUCAAAAAUUGUGUGUGUUUUUCCCCGUUGAGGUAUAGUGUUAUUCCCUACUCAAACCGUAAAGUACCCCUAGAAUCGUGACGUAUUCCUCCUAAACAUUCCCUUAUCCCUUGCUCACUUUGAAUUGUCUUCCUAUUUUUUAUUUGCUUUUUGCCAAUUUUUCGUCCUAUCCUACGCGGAGUGCAAUUUUAAGGUUUUCGCGGGUGAUCAUACGGAAUUAAGUGCUAUUUUGUGAAUAACGAGAUCGGGCGAUUGAAUUAUCUUUAUUCUGAUUCGGUGUGAAAUCUAAAAAGGGUGUAACACCCCUGUUUUUUGUUGCGUGUGUUUGGAUUAUCAAAAACAAGCGACCAGAGAAGAUAAUUACAGUGGUGUGUGUGAGGAUGAACCGGCGCGGGAAAUCAGGCGCGCGCCGCAGCUGACGCAGAGGCGGUGGUGUCCUCGCUUUUCCCGCGGGCGCGGCCUCGCCGGGAUCCCCUUAAGACGGAAAUGCUCUUCAACGUCUCCUCCACGUAUCAUUCGGGACACACGCCAUUUCCAAGCUGCCAGGCUAAGCGAUCAAGAACUGAUUCAGGUGCUAGGACCCCGGACGCUCUAAGGAGUUCCUCGGCGGACGGAGGCGGUGAUAACGGCGGUGGAGGAGGCGUAGGCGGAGGCGGAGUGAGCGCGGGCGUGGUCGUAGGCGGAAGCGGGCGGCGGAGCGAGAGCAGCGGCGGAAGUGUGGUGGAACCUGCCGCAUCGGGCGGCGCCCCGAGUCCCAGCUCGGAUCCGAGCGACUCCUCGUCCGGUUCGCCGGGCCCCACGUCGGCCCAGCCGCCGGCCCCCGACCUCCAUUUCCAGGCCCACCCGGUCUCAGGAGGAAGUGCCAGUUUAGUGGACAGUAAUGCCGGAAAUCCGUCCCUUAUCCAUUCGAAUUUUUUGACCUCUGCUCCCAGCGGAACCACCCCAUGGUCCCUUAGCUCACAGCAGUCUGAUGUGAGUGAUCUAGUUAUUAAAAAUGAGAUGACGGAUUGUUUGAACCAGCCUUUGGUCAAUGACCAGCUCUUCUCAAGUUACUCGAAUAGUCCCCUUAGCGCGCACCCGGAAAUCAAAGACAGCUAUCAGUAUUCGCAAUAUUACAACAGUAUGCAGCAAGCGUAUAGCAGUUCGAAUUCAAAUAAUUAUGGAAAUGCAAGUGGCUUUUACAAUACGCAGCCGUAUGCCACGACAUCAUAUCCUAAUGUAUCAAACAAUAGAUCGAUAAGUCAGUGCAAUAAAUCUUCUUCCUCCUCCUCAUCAGCAAUAAAUAACAGCUCCAAUGGUUUCCUCAACUAUCCAGACUAUUACAAUCCUUAUACAGCAACGUAUACCCCUGGAUAUAGCUCCUCUUACCCGGCACAACAGGAAUUUUCAAGUUAUUCAAAUGCAUACGGACAGGUACAGGCAAUGGCAAACUAUUGUGCAGCUGCGUCGCAGGGAUGCACUACAUAUCCUGGCUCUUUCAACACGUCACCGUAUUCUUUAGCAGCUCCUUUAGCAGAUAGCCAAUUACCUUCUGAACCGUCAUCUCCCAUUAAAAUUGACACUGGUCGCAGAAUUAGUCUUGAUACAAAUAAAUGCAGCCGUGGAAGGGGGCGAAAGCUAGUUUCCUCAACAGGGGCUCUGGCAACUCCUGUCUCACCUGGGCCAACAUCAGAGCAUGGUCUUGAUCGAGUUUUCAUAUGGGACUUGGAUGAGACCAUCAUAAUUUUCCACUCUCUUUUAACCAAACAUUUUGCUGAAAAAUACUCCAAGGACCCACAAGCGACAGCUGAGCUUGGACAAAGUAUGGAAAAUUUAAUAUAUCAUUUGACUGAUACUCACCUAUUUUAUAAUGACCUUGAGGAAUGUGAUCAGGUACAUGUCGAUGAUGUAGCCUCUGAUGAUAAUGGCCAUGACCUCUCAACGUACAAUUUUGCCGGUGACGGAUUUCGAGCCACCUCCCCUCCAAACAGCAGUCUAUGUCUGGCGACGGGUGUUCGAGGGGGAGUCGACUGGAUGAGGAAACUUGCAUUCCGAUACAGAAAAAUCAAAGAUUUCUACAACACUUACCGGAGUUCAAUAGCCAGCGUCCUCACGCCAGACCAGCGGAAUCGCUGGCUGCAGCUCAGAAGUGAUAUUGAAGCACUUACAGACAACUGGUCAACACAAGCGGCAAAAUGUCUUUCUCUUAUUCAUUCCCGGCCAAAUUGUGUAAAUAUUCUUGUAACUAGUACUCAAUUAGUUCCUGCUCUGGCCAAAGUUUUACUUUACGAACUGGGCGAAAUAUUUCAAGUUGAAAAUAUUUAUUCAGCAGCUAAAGUCGGCAAACAAAACUGUUUUGAAAGGAUUGUUGCCAAGUUUGGACAAGAAUGCACAUAUGUUGUGGUUGGUGAUGGAGACGAAGAGGAAGUAGCCGCAAAGAAGCACAACUAUCCAUUUUGGAAAAUUUCAAGCCACAGCGACAUCAUUGCUCUUUACAAUGCACUAGACUUAAAAUACUUGUAAAUAUCCUUUCACGAAUAUUUAGCUUCUUCAAGCUCUUUUUGUACAAAUGUUUAGUCUGAAUGUUAACCUUUUAUAUUUUUUUCCUCCUUUCUUUUGAGAAAACGAUAGUUCUUGAACUGGAGGUUAUCUGUUCUCCUUUUAAAGUACAUAUUUGAAACCAAAAAUUCUUCAAACUUUCCUUCACCAUUGUAAAUUAAGUUCUCACCUUUGUUUUAUUUGUUUCCCCCCCUCUUUGAAUGUUCAGGUUAAUUGUUAUUUUUGUCAAUCACCAUCUAAAUCAUAAGAUGAAGAAAUAAAAACAGAAAGCCCUUUUUAUGAUAUAAAUCAGAGUCAAAUUGAAUAACUACGCACCAUUGCCUUGAUACAUUUUUCAAGAUGCAUUGAGGCUGAUUCUUUAAGCCUUUGGCACACUUUAAAAUAGUUGAGGCUUUUGAUGGGAAGCUCAAGAUGAAAGCCUUCCUGUCUAUAUUUUCCUUUUCCCGAUUGAGUAUAGCCUGCGAGGCAACAAUGAAAGCACCUCAAACGGAAGAGGUUCUGUAGAAUCCUCCUCCAACCCCGAGAAAAGACUUUCCUCAUACGUAUUUCCCUUUCUCUCACUUUUUAUCGGAUUACGGGAAAUGAAAUCAUUCUACCACUGUCCUCCCUCCUUUCAUGAAAACAGACAUCCAUUUCUAAAUUUUUGCCUGUGAAACAUCCCUCUGUGUCAGUUAUGAGUUGAGGAUUUAAAAAUGCUGCUCCCAUAUACAUGUGGGUCCAUCUUUUUCCCCUGGAUUCUUGACUGUAAGUAAACCUGAUAUCAAAGAACUACUCGACUUCAUCACCAAUAACAGGCUAAGCGCAAGAUUAAAACUAAUUGACCACAAAACUUGAAAUUUUUUCUGGGCACUAAAGACAAUAUUCUGCAUAAGGGGAUAAGUGCUACUAACACUAGAGUAGUGUGUAUAAUAUCCAAACACAGUAUCAUGUGGUAAGUGCCGCAGUAGGUAUAAGGAAUGAAAAAGUUAAUAGCUCGAAAUAAUUUUUUUUUUAACUUAGCCCGUUCUUGAUGAUGCAACCAUUGUCAUUUGGUACCUAAAUGUACCUACCUAAGUACAUAUUCUCACCAAUCAAUUUAUUUUAACCAACUAAUGCAUUCAAAUGCAGCAAAAUAAUUUCCAAUUUUUCAUUUUAUUUUAAUGUUCUGCAAGUUUCUUCGAAAUAACAUCAUUGUUGCGGUGAACCGCCCCCAUCCCCUUCACAGAACAAAGAACCCCGAAAAAUGCUUCUCAUUUUGUCUCAAAUGUUUUCCUGAAACUUCAAUUCAUUCUCUUUUUUUGAUGUAAUGGCAGUGUAAAUCCUUUUACUGUAAUAUACAUUGUAUGCUAGAAAAAUUCCUAGAAUAAAUUUUAUUAUCACAGUCAAA